AUGGAGGCAGACUAUAGCCAGGAGUCCCCCAUCACCCAUCACCGCUCACCCAAAGGUCCCCUCUCCUCCUCCCACAGGCAAUGGAAGCAGGAGCUGCCAAAGUUCAUCAGCCCUGAGCAGCUGCCCAUGGAGUUUGGGGGGACCAUGACUGAUCCUGAUGGCAACCCCAAGUGCCUGACCAAGAUCAACUAUGGGAGUGAGGUGCCCAAGAGCUACUACCUGCGCAACCAGGUGAGGAUGCAGUAUGAGCACAAGAUGACGGUGGCCCGAGGCUCCUUCGUGCAGCUGGAGAACGAAAUCCUGUUCCCGGGCUGUGUGCUCAGGUGGCAGUUCGCAUCACAUGGGGCAGACAUCGGCUUCGGGGUUUUCCUGAAGACCAAGACGGGUGAGCGGAAGCGGGCGGGGGAGAUGGUGGAGGUGCUCCCCAUCCGGCGCUACAAAGCCCACCUGGUACCUGAGGACGGGAGCCUCGCCUGCCUCAAGGCUGGCAUCUAUGUCUUGAGGUUUGAUAACACUUACAGCCUAGUUCAUUCCAAACACAUCAACUCCACUGUGGAGGUGCUGCUCACUGACCAAACCUUUGUGAAGCAGACGGAGAGAUCCUGGGCAAACCUUGUGGCUCCCACAGGCUCCCCUUUGAUCUCUGGGUCCACAGUGAAUUCACAGCCUUCCCUGGCCAGACCCCCUCCAACCUCCCCAGGGAUGGGAAUCCUACAACAGCUGCUCCCAGCCCAUCUGUCACAGUGGGUCUGCGUCUUAGGACCGUGUCACUGCUGGGACCGUGUCCCGCUUGCCUUAUGUUCCCUCAUCACCUUUGUGGUCAACCCCUCCCCCAGUCCAGCCCUGACAACUGCUGAUCCCCUCCCCCAGCCCAGCCCUGACAACUGCUGA